AUGUCCCCUGAAUAUGUUCUGAGGAAUUUCGUGCCAUAUUUGACAAACUAUGAGCAGACAGAGAUUAGUCACUACAAACACGUGUGGUACCUGGGAAAGAUGACAACAAACAAGAUUAGGUGCAGCACCAAGAAUCCACAGUUAUUCAACUUUGGCUUCGACACUGAGGAGGGACUGUACAAGGCAAUUGUCAAUGACCACUUGGCAUACCGCUAUAAAAUCUUGGCAGUUAUUGGGAAUGGCUUCUCUGGAGAGGUUCUCAAAUGCUAUGAUUAUAAGACAAAGCAGUUUGUGGCCAUCAAGGUCUUUCGAAACAAAGACAGCGUUCUUAAGCUGGCAAAGUCGGAAAUGAAGGUUUUAAAAGCCCUGAAAGAGAGUGACAAGAAUAACUCAGCCAACAUCGUCCACAUGAAGGAGCACUUCAACUUCCGCCAUCACCUCUGCAUCACUUUUGACCUCUAUGAUGGAGACCUGUAUAGGGUGAUGAAACGCAAGGAUAAGCAUCAAGUCACAGAGGACGAGCUCAAACAGUACACUGUAGCCAUCCUGAAAUGUCUGCAGCUGCUCAGAAAGAAGAAUAUUGUCCAUGGCGACCUAAAACCGGAAAAUGUCCUGGUCCGCAAAAAGAAUGAUGAGAGGCAAUCAGCAGUCACUGACUUUGGAGGGAGCUUCUUUACGACUGAAAGGGUGAAACCUCUCGUGUUCACUCUGAGCUACAUGUCUCCAGAGCUGCUGCUUGGUAAAAAGUGCAGAACGGCCAUUGACAUGUGGAGCUUGGGUUGCAUCGUAGCUGAGCUCCACCUCAGUCAGCGUCUCUUCAAAGGACCUGACAAGCAUUCCAUUUUCAGCAGCAUAAUGGAGUUAUUAGGUGUCCCUCCAGAAGAGCUGUUGGAAGGCUCGCCCCAAAGGAAACAGUUCUUUGACUCUAAUGGGAACCCAAGACGGAUGGAAACUACACAAAAAUUGAGGACCUCUGUGGCCACAAAGCUGAAAUCUAAGGAUGCCGAUUUCAUUGAUUUCAUUGAGAGCUGCCUUGAAUAUGAUCCAAAAAAGCGCAUGACACCAGACCAAGCCUUGCGCCAUCCAUGGAUUGUGAAACUCUUCGAACCAAAAACAAGUUCUCGAUUAGAUCUAGUCUAA